AUGGCCGACGGCGACGGAAACAAUGCUGCGGCAAAUAAUGCUGCGCCAAAUCCAGGAGGACAUCCAGGAGGACAUCCAGGAGGACAUCCAGGAGCAACUCCAGGAGCACCUCUACCAGUCAACCCGCCAGUCAAUCCGCCUGUGAACCCAGUCAACCCUCCUCCAAAUGCCCAACUCAACCCUCAAGUCAAUCCAGCAACAACAGCUGGCAAUCAAUCUCAAUCGUCUGGUCAACCUGUCAUCCAGCCUGCCACCCAGCCUACCGUUCAGCCCGUCGUACAGCCAGUUGCCCAGCCUGUUUCCCAGCCUGCCAUUCAACCUGCCAUUCAACCUAGUGGGCAACAAUCUGGUCAGCAACCAGCCCAGCAGACUGCUUCCCCAUCUCAGGCUACCGGUGCUCCUGCAUCGGGGCCAAGUCAUGCCGUGGCAACAGGCGCACAGCCGGCACCGAGUUCCGCAGCAGGCGCUACCGCCAACACAGCAGCCACCCCCAUCACGGCUCCAGCGAUCAACAAGAACAUUGCCCACCUCCAUAGGCCAAAGAACAGCUCGCCUCUCGCACAACAAGUCGUUACGAACAAUGCGAGUUACGUUGCGGCAGCGGCAGCGGCAGCGGCAGCCCGGGCGAGAGCCGGAGCGGGAGCUGGGGCAGGAGCCACACCAACGCAAACAGCGACGCCCGGAAGCGCUUCCGCCAGUGCUCCGGGACAAACUCCCAGUGCUACAUCAGGUCAUGCUCCUGCGUCUGGUUCUGCCCAAGCUGCUGCCAACACGCACAAUCCCGCUCCCGCACCGGCUGUGGCUCCGGCAGCGGCUCCGGCUGCAGUUGCGGCGCCUGCCUCCGCUUCUGCCCACGUACAGCAUCUCGACGAUGCUGCCAAUGAGAGAAGGCGCAGAGAAAUUCAGUCUCGGAGGCUAUUUCUUGCAGAAAUGAGGAAGGACAAGCAGUGGAACGAGUUUGAGCGCAGCGCCAUCCAGGACAUGGACGACCUCUGGGACGAGACGCUCAAAGUCGCCCGGUCCAAGAGAGCCGGCCUUGAGGACGGUGAGAUCGAUGAACUCCUGCAAAUGCGCCAAGCAUAUGGCCAGCAGCGCGAGGCGAACAUUCACGCCGCCAAAUGGCAGGCCCACCGGUACUUUCUGGCUGAGGGCAUCGACCAGCCCGAGUACCAGCAGGGUCACGAGCCGCAGGGGGUCGACCCCAACGCCGCCAGCCGCGGCGACAACUACCACACGAUCGAGCUGCCCUCGGCGGGCCCUGCGUUCGAGCCGCCGCGGAAGCCCCGUCCCGAGUUUCUGGCGGAGCUGCGCCAGGAUAUGCUGACGCCGAUGCGGCGGCCGACGAUGGCGCCGCGCGGGCUGCGCAACCCGAGCAACCUCUGCUACCGCAACGCCGUGGUGACGGCCCUGCUCAACACGCCGCGGUUCCUGUCGUUUUUGUACGUGCACGGCCGCAACAUCCGGACGUACAUGCAGUGCCCCGACGUCAACCACCACCUGCUAACACGACUGUACCACCUGGCCGUCGCCUACUGGGAGCGCGAUGGUGUGCAUCCCAUGUCGGAUGCAAUGGGCGCCGACAACGGGCCCGACCUGAAUCCGGGCCCGAGCGCGAGGUCGCGCUUGUACCCGCCCACGGCCGGCGACAAGCGGCGCCGCGACGGCAGUGCAGCAAGCGGCAGUGACUCGUACGAGAAAAUGCUGACGCUGUUCUGGCGCGCGUGCAAGUACGACCUCACAGGCACGCCCUGGGCCAGCACGCUCAACGUGGCCGACGGCGAGCGGCGCCGGCCGGACGGGACGGGGCCGCCGGGCCAGCACGACGACAACUUUGUCACGCUGAGCUGGCACGACCUGUGCCAGCAGCAGGCGGACCAGUUCGCCGCCAACUUCUUGAACAUGCCCAGCGUGGGCGCGGUCGACCUGACCAGCCAGCAGCAGGACGCCGCCGAGUUCCUGGGGUGGCUCGUCGAGAUGGCCGCCACGCAGCUGUACAGCGCGCCGCGGCGGUACAGCGCCAGCCGCGCCAGCGAGUACUACGACUGCAUGUUCCGCACCUACAUUACAGACCGGUUCCUCUGCACCAUGUGCAAGCGCCCCGUGCGUCUGCGCGGCGAGCGCAUCGAGCGGGCGCCCAGCAUCGUCCUUCCUGUGGCCGAGGCGGGGCGUUCGACUGCGGCGGCUGCGGCGGCUGCACCGGGCAACGGCGGCGGGCCGAGGCGCCUCGAAGGCCGUGACGGCCUGAUGAAACUGCUCCACAAGUUUUUCAACGAGGACGUCGAGGGCCAGACGUGCAACCGCUGCGGCCAGACGCCGCGCACCCUGCGGAGGAUGCGCCGCAUGCAGACUGCGCCCGAGGUGCUCAACAUCCACCUGGCGCGCACGGGGUACGACCGCACGCAGCAGCGGACGUUCAAGACCAGCGACAUUGUCGACGCGCCCGAGUUUCUGGACGUCUCGCGCUACCUCGAGACACACAUCUUUGCCCCGGGCACGCGCAUCCUCUACCGCCUCGCCGCUGUCGUUAGUCAUGCCGGCGACAGCGCCCAGUCGGGCCACUAUGUCAGCUACGUGCGCGACGACCGCCUCGCCGCCUUGACGUCCACGGUCAGUCGACCGGCCGGCGCGCCCGUGUACGACGCAGACGAGGUCGAGCGUCUCGUGCGCGAGUCGGCCGAGCGCAAGAAGAACAUUGCCAACGCAAGCCAUCAGCUGUCCGAGACCAUCCGCGUCGAAAACCAGGGCCGCCGGGACGUGCUACUAACACCCGCCGAGGCCGCCCGCCGCCGUGAGCAAAACAGCAUGCGCUACAUGGCCAUUGAGAGCACUGACAGCGGCUGGGCGCGCAUCAACGACGACCGCCUCGUGCCCGGCGUCCCGUUCACGCGCAUCGUCAACACCUCGCGCGACCCCGCGUACCACCCCAACAACGGCAGCGGCGACUGGUUCGACCCCGUGCUGCUCGUCUACGAGAAGUGGGUCGAAACGUUUGUCGUCGACAAGCCGACCGGCGAACGCACAUACCAGCUGCCGCUGAAUGUACCCGGCCAGUAUGCCCUGUUCAUGGGCCGCACUCGCGGCAACGCCCCCGACCCGCAUCCCCGGCCGGUGAAUCGGGAGGUCGACGAGCGGCUGUGGCGACAAAAUGCGAACAAAGAUGUGCGCAUUCCCGACCACGGUCCGCCGCGCCGCGUCGCGCGGCUUCCCAGAGGCAUCUUCAGCGAUGAAGACGGCGACGAUAUCCUGUACGUGGACCGGGAUGGAGACGCCAGCGGCAACGACGGCAGAGGCGAUUCUGCGAGUCGGCCAAUCACCAUUAAUGAUGGGGAUUCUCACGGCAAUGGGCGAGCAGCGGCGGCACCUUCGGCAUCAGGAGCAGGGCAAACGGGCACGGGUGACUCCUCGUCAUCGGCCGCGGCGGCUGCGACAGGCGGCGGUUCGACAUCUUCGGCAACACCUACGGGUGGUGGUGGAAACGGAGUUGCGUCUGUGGCAGCGCCUGUGCCUGGUAACGCCUCUGGGUCCACUGCAGCAGCACUCACCGCACCCGCAGGAGCAACAGGAGCAACAGGAGCAACAGGAGCACCAGGAGCAGCAGCAGCACCAGGAGCGACAGGAGCACCGGGAGCACCGGGAGCACCAGUAGCACCAGGAGCAACAGGAGCACCUUCAACAGCACCAGUAGCACCAGGAGCACUUUCAACAGCACCAGUAGCACCUGCCGCUGGCAAUGGCGGCGGCAGUGGAGGUGGUGACGGUGGUGGUGGAAAUGGUGGCGGUGGUAAUGGUGGUGGUGGUAAUGGUGGUGGAGGUAAUGGUGGUGGUGACGGCGGCGGCGGCGGAAACGUUCCACUGGCCGGAGGCUCAGUUCGGGUCUUUUCCUCGUCGGGACGCAAGGCGGCACGUGGACCGCCGCCGGCAAAGAGGCGCCGCUUGGGUGAUAUGUUUUGGGGUUUCUUUGGUCAGUAA